UCUGUGGAGCAGGAAAAUGUAGUAGAAGGCAUAUCAAGUAUAGUCAAUAUGGAUGAAGACUCUUCUUCAAAUGAUGUUGCAUGUGACAAUAAUGAUAAUCAAAUCGAAAUCAGAAAAGGAUUAGAAAGUAACGUAGACACCACAGAGAAUGAGGAAGCUGUAGUAGUUGGUUCAGAAGGAGGUUCCUCAGAAUUCAACUCACAUAGCAGUCAAAUAGUAGUUGAGGUGAGUACGAGUACCGAGAUAAGAUCAAAGGAGGGAGCAGAAGCAGAAAAAAUGGAGAUGGUGUCAGUACCUAUAGCCAAAGAAAACAGAGAUAAAGAAAAAAGACUAUCAAUGAGUCAAGAGAAAGAGACUAAUCAGGAAAGCAUAGAGAUAAACACUAACAUAGAAGAGAAUAAUGGAAAUAAUAAUGAAAGUGAAGAAAUAGCGAAUAGUUAA